AUGGGCUUGAGCUAUGCCAGCCUUCACGUCUCCUACAAGCUCAAGCUGCUCAUGCUAUUCACCUUGUGUGUCUUAUUGGUGGGCUGGGCCACUUCCACUUACCUAGUGGAUGCCGUGCACGAAACUCCGAGAGCAAAAAGCAUCAUGGGGAGUUUCCGAAAACCAACCACUAUCACAGAGGAGCGAACGGAAAAUCCAGACAAGAGCACCAUGCCUACUGUGAAACUGCCCAUAAUGAAGCCCCCGUGUCCCUCUCUGUCUCCGUAUCUGCGUAAGUUGAUUCAAGUUUUCCAAUCUCAGUCUUAAAGCAAGACUUCAUGGAUUUUGGGGCUUUAGCUAAGAAGUCAAAGAGGGGAGGAUUCCCUCCCCCCCAAAAAAAAAUCCUUAAGGCAUCGAGGGGGGGGGGAGACUUCAGGCUUGUGUGCCUAAUCAGGCCUGCCAGGCCUCCCCAUUGGACCUGCAAGGCUGAUUUGACCAAGCCAUAUCCACCUGCCAUACCCUGAUGUUAUACAAGGUGUUGGAAGUGAGGCAGGUAAAGUCGCAGCUGUGCCAAAAAGGAGAUUGCGUCUGCAGAGCCCUGCGUAUAGUGCUCUGUGUGGUUCUUGCAAGCCACCAAUGAUCAGGUGAUUGGUGGAGCUAGCAGGGAGCUGUCCAUUAGGCUUUGAAGCCCCAACUAUCAGCAGAUUGUCAGGGCUUCAAAGAGCUGUGCAGGGCUCUCUGCAAACACCAAUGAUCAGCUGAUUGUCAGGGCUUGCAGGCCUCGUGGGAUGAAAACAGGUCAACUGGUGUCAUUGUGAUGUCAGGUGACUGACAGGUGGGCAGUCUCUCCCACCUUUCACAUUUGGCCCACAGUAGGUGGGGGAUAUAGGGAUCCAGCCUGCUGUCCAGAUCUAGUUCCUAUCCCUGUCUUAAGGAGAAUUUGUCAUUUGCACAUAGAUGAGAAAACACUUGUAGCUUGUAAAAAUCAGCAUUCUGUUUUCCUCUUGGUGUUACAUUUCUCCGUCUGACAUAUCUUCUAGUACUAUUCAAAAACAUGAUUCAUAUGUCACAGUUCUGUGGCUGAAUCCUGUGCCAACAAAUAUUAGAAUUCCAUGGAGAUCCUUUGAGAAAUUUCCAUUUUUGUGCGGAAACUUGUGAGAUGGCAGCCAACAGUGCUAAUGUGAGCAUCUCCUCCAUAAUCAAGCCACCCCACAUGAUUCCACUAUUCAGAUAUUGCUGGACCAAGUGGAAAAGCUAUUCCUGUAACACACCAAUAAUGUAUGAGUCUGACAUUGAUAACAGGGAUGAUGAACUUGUGGUCAUCUUACCUUCCACUGCUUUACAGUUUUUGCAGAGUUCCCUUUAUGGUUUGCGGUUACUAGUUCCCAGUUUUGGGGUUAUGUUUCUAGUCUGCUAUUUGGAUUAUGGUACAGAGUCAAAGGUAGGAUCCCCAGGGAACCUCUGGAUGGAAGGCCUAAUUGACAGCUGACCACACUGAGGAAGAAUAUUGCUUGCCCGCCCCCAAUCAUCCUCCCCUUCUCCCCCAGGUAACUUAAAGAGUAGCUUGCUGGCCAAAUCUAGCUGCUUACAAAAGAUUUUAGUGUAUAGUUCUAAGUUUAAAAAACAAAGCAUCAAAUAAACCUCCUCAGUCUCCGAAAUGGCUUCACAGAUUCCUAAGCAUUUAAGUUAAUUUGCUCUUACGACUUACAGCAGCUGUGUUUAUAGUUUACGAAGAUGAGACUGAAGUCAUGCCUUUUCCCAUAGGAGGCCCUAGCAAGCUUUUCUUUAAGGCAUCUCUCACCCUGGAGGAGGUGCAGAAAGAGAAUCCUCGAGUGUCAAAGGGACGUCAUCGACCAGAAGGCUGCUUAGCUCAGCAACGUGUCGCAAUAUUGAUACCACAUCGCAACCGAGAGAAGCACCUGUUGUACCUGCUGGAGCACCUUCACCCAUUUCUGCAGCGGCAGCAGCUGGACUAUAGCAUUUAUAUCAUCCACCAGGUGGGUCCAUACAAAACAUCUGCAGCUAAAGAUGAGGGGUGAAUCCAAACCUUCCUGCCCUGUGGUUGUGCCUAGAGGUCUUUUGACUGUUGUGUCUGUUUGUGCAAUUGGGGAUCAGAACACUGCUUCAGGCACAUUCCACAUCGUUUCCCCCAGUCCUGAUACAAAUCCAUAUCAGUGUGUUACCAGCGGUUAGGAGUCCCCAUGUGCACCGGUGCUGAUGAGUUUCGUCUUCUGCUGCAAGAGCUUAAAGCAGAUCAGAUGAAUUAAGCGGAGCGGGUGGCAAAUUAACUUUAUGCACUGUUGGUAGAGCAUUGUUCUCAAAGCUGCCAGGCUUGAGAAAUGUGUCUUGCUCAAAUAAUUGCCUGUUUGUGUCCUGGGGCUUGGCUGGCAUUUUCGUGUGUGCCUGACUUCCUUCGGCUAUGCUUGGUGAAGUUCCCUUGCACUCACUGCUUUAGAGGUGGUGUUUUUUGUAAAGAAUAAAAUGUUCUUUGGCCUUCAUCUUCCCUUGAGUGCAAAAUGUGGCAGAAUUUAUAGCAAUAGAGACACAUAUUCUUGGCUCACGCUUCAUGUUUCAUAAGUCAGUCUCCUAUUAAUAAAUAAUACAUUAUCUAGUCAAUUUUUUAUUUUUUUAAAAAGGAUUACAGUGGAAACUGGAGAUGGUACAUCUGGGUCUCUUGCCCUCCAGAGCUGCUUUACCUAUCCAUUAUUUUAUUGGCUGCUCCUGUUCCUAGGCUUGUAAGCUACAUGAAUCAAGACGGGGUCAGAGGGGGUAUAAUGCAGCCACAUCGCUGUAGCAAAGCAGGUUUGGGUCUGGUCAGGGCUUGGAUAGGAGGCUUGGGAAUCCCAUGUCCACCACCUUGAGUUCCAUGAUGGAUGUAAUACUCUUAAGUAGACCAAAUUGACAUUGGUUUGAUGCUCUUUUGUACACAAUUACAUUCUGGCUUAGUGGGAACCUAAAUGAGGAAUGUGAUAACCAUUUUCAAAUCUCCUGGAAUAAUACAAAUUAUUGGGGCUAGGGAAUGAGAGUUCCAUUCCUUAAACUGCACCAGUCUUCUGCUCAGAAGUAAUAUUUGCACAUGUAUUCGUCAUCUAAACAGGCGAGGUGGGCUAAAUUUUUAGAUAAGCUCUCCUGGCAGAACUUUGAAGUAUGUUGCAAGUGUUGUACACUUGGCUAGAACUUCUUUCUUAAGGGCUGACUUUCCACUUUCCACUUUCCACUGACAUUCUACACAGCGAUCCUGGCAUCUCCAGGUAGGCCUAAGGAAGACCCUUGUCUGAAGCUGUGAAGAACUGCUUCCAAGUCAUUGUAGGCCUGGACUAGGGAACCUCUGGCCUGGGGGACAAAUGUGGCCCUCCAGGCCUCUCUCUGUGGCCCUCAGACCUCUACCCAGGUCUGUCCCAGCUUCACACCCUUCUUGAGUUUGUUUGCCUGGCUGGAAUGUAUCCUUGAACUCAGAAGGACAUCUGAAGGCAGCCCUGUAUAGGGAACCUUUUAUUGUUUAAUGUUUUAUUAUGCUUUUAUAUAAGCUAGAAGCCACCCAGAAUGGCUGGGGCAACCUGGUCAGAUGGGUGGGGUAGUAGUAGUAGUAGUAAUAAUAAUAAUAAAAAAAAAUAAUGAAUAUGCCUCUUGCUCAUCUGGAUGGAGGAUAAGAGGAGAAUGUGAAUGUGUGUAGAAACUACCCUACUAUACAAGGGUAGGAUUUUUAUUUCAUUUUUACCGAGGCAUUACGUUUUGCCUUUGGCCCUGCCCCUACUGACACCUGGCCCUUGGAAGGCUGCCCAGGAACAAAUGUGGUUCUUGAGUUCAAAGAUUCCUUUCCCCUGUUGGAGACAAUACUGACCUGGGUUCACUACCUGUCCUUUUGCAGCACCUGCUUUUUGCCUGAAACUGCCUGGAAUCUCAAGUUCAGUGCUGAAGUGACAACUUGCUUCAUCUUGGCAGUCUCAGUCUAAUUUAAAACAAAAGCAGCUAAUAGUAUGGCAUUAAUAUUCAUUUGUCAAUACUUGGUUUUUAUAAAACCAGCUCUGUAUGAAAGAGAAAAAAGGAGCUCUUUUUUCCUUUUAAGAAGGCUUUUCAUCUUUUAUUCAUUUCCUGUUUGCCUGGUGAAUGCUAUUCCGGAAGAGUUCUGAAUGCUUUUGUGAGUGUCUCUGUUCUCCAUAAGAAAGUAUACACAUCCUUGCCAUUAUAACAGACUUUAGGUUGCUGAAGGAGUUUCUCUCAAUUUUAAAAGAGAGAAGGAAAAUAUGUAUUUUUUAUAUAUGUUUGUAGAAGAGUAAAGGUAAAGGGACCCCUGACCAUUAGGUCCAGUCGUGACCGACUCUGGGGUUGCGGCGCUCAUCUCGCUUUAUUGGCUGAGGGAGCCGGCGUACAGCUUCCGGGUCAUGUGGCCAGCAUGACUAAGCCACUUCUGGCAAACUAGAGCAGCGCACGGAAACACCGUUUACCUUUCCUCCGGAGUGGUACCUAUUUAUCUACUUGCACUUUGACGUGCUUUCGAACUGCUAGGUGGGCAGGAGCAGGGACCAAGCAACGGGAGCUCACCCUGUCGCAGGGAUUCGAACCGCUGACCUUCUGAUCAGCAGGUCCUAGGCUCUGUGGUUUAACCCACAGCGCCACCCGCAUCCCUUUUGUAGAAGAAUAAGUGGGGGCAAAACAAUAUUGUCUCAGUUACACAGAAAGGAAAUUAGUAUUCAAUUUAAAAUCUUCUUUUAUUGUAGAGUGAAUGAAAUAUAGCCAAUGCUAGUGAACUUUAGAAUGCAAAAUAUAAGUUUGAGGCUGCAAUCCUAAUUAUUCUUAUAGCGAAUAAGCCCCAUUGAACACAGUGGGACAUACGAAAGGAGUCCAUACCCAUGUAUUUUAAAACUUAAGCCGCAUACUAAAUGCCAGAUGUUUAAAUUAUCAUACCUCUGUUGUAGUCAAUGUCCAUGGGUUGUGGAGAUCUUUCCCAGUAACUUAACAAUUCUGUUAUAAGGUAAACAAGUAAAACUACAAGAACAAAAAAUAAAAUUUCCAAUAUAGCCCAAGACCUAGGUAAAAACAACCACAUGACAUUUGAAUAGAUUAAGCAGCCAGUGGUCUUAGCAAUAGUUCAGAUGGAAUAGCUACUGAUUGAGGCAGUUCUAGGAAGGGAGCAGCCAAACGGUAGCUGGUCUCAGCCAAGUUAAUGGAGGGCGCCUUUGCUGCCCUGUGUUCUCCUUUACAGGCAGCCAGGAAGGAUGGCUGCUGAUGGGAUGAGAGACACUGUACAUGCAAGACGAGUUGUUUGCAGCUAGAGCUGGAUUGGGCUCAAAACACACAUAUGUUUUUAUUCAUUUAUAAUAUUUCCAUUACCUUUUCUCUCAAUCCCACAGCUGCUUUUAUGGUACAGUUGCUGUGAGCCAGGAAAGGAUACUGUAAACGUGUGAUAAGGAGAGCAUUCUGAUAGGAAGUUUACUUAGUUUUAACAGGUCUGACGUAAAUUGCUUCCUUUUCUUGUUUGCAGGCUGGCAGUGCCAAGUUUAACAGGGCAAAACUGCUGAAUGUGGGAUACUUGGAGGCCUUGAAGGAAGAGAACUGGGAUUGUUUCAUAUUCCAUGACGUGGACUUGGUACCAGAGAAUGACUUCAACAUUUACAUGUGUGGCAGUCAGCCAAAGCACUUGGUAGUGGGUAGAAACAGCACAGGCUACAGGUAGGAGCUAGGAGAGAGAACCUGCAUCUUCUGAAGAAGUGUUGAUUUGCAUGCCCUUUCAUAGUGAUACAAGUAGGGACACUAACAACAGGUGAUUACCAUUGCUUGAAUUUUGCAAGCAGAAUUGAAGCAGGCACCCCAGCCACCCAUCCCUAUGUGUAUGUGUACCCACCCACCCACCCACCCACACACACACUGCAACCCAUCUUGGUCCCCCUGAGAAAAAAGCUUGCCUUGGGAGCCAUGAUAAGACAUAAGGUGGAUGCAGUUUCUGGGAAGGUGAGAGAGACCUGGCACGACUCACUUUUUCCUCUGCAUGUUUUUCUAAGCAGGGGGGUGGGCAACUCUGCUCUCGAGUGUAAUCUGUAAGGGACCGCAUGUGAUCUGUGAGUGAACAUGAAGCCAGAAGCAGGUGGGGCCAGAUCAAAGUGUGGGUGGGACUACCCCAUUCUCUUUCUUCUCCACUUCUCUUUUCCUUUGCAGUAGGCUGUUGGUGGAUGGAUGAGUUAUUCUUACAGGUGGUAGGAGCUGAAUGCUGGGCAAAGGGCUUCUGAAAUUAGACCCAACAGCUACAUAAAAUCAGCCUUAGGGCUGCUAGUUGCCAGCUGGGAGAAAAAUUUGGAGUGCCUUUUAUGUAUAUAUGUACAGUGGUGCCUCGCAAGACGAAAUUAAUCCGUUCCGCAAGAGUCUUCGUCUAGCGGUUUUUUCGUCUUGCGAAGCAAGCCCAUUGACGGAUUAGCGCUAUUAGCGCUAUCAGCUGUUUAGCGGCUAUUAAAGGCUUAAAGGCUUAGGGGAUUAGCUGCUAAAAGGCUAUUAAAGGCUAUUAAAGGCUUAGCAGAUUAGAUAAAGGGGAAAAGCGAAAAAAAUCUCAAGACUCGCAAGACAUUUUCGUCUUGCGAAGCAAGCCCAUAGGGGAAUUCGUCCUGCGAAGCAACUUCAAAACGGAAAACCCUUUCGUCUAGCGGUUUUUCCGUCUUGCGAGGCAUUCGUCUUGCGGGGCACCACUGUACACAGCCUUACCCAUCUUCAAGGAGCUUCCCCUACCAGUUGUCCUGUCCAUUGUAUUUUAUAUCUGUGGGGCUUUUCUCAUUUCACAGAAUGAAAUGUCUUUGAGCCAGAUUUCAUGCCAUAGGUUAACUAACACUGCUUGCUCAGGACAUGGCAAGGCCCAUGAGAGCACAUCGCUACACACACUUCAUUAUUAAUUUUUUGCUUCAGCAGAUGGGUAACUGAACUUUUUUCUGGCUAUAAAAUAGUUUUUGAUAAAGGCUGUGUUUGGGUUUAUGCCACUUUCUGAAAAGACUUUUCUCCACCACUUCUUACGUGUUCCUAGGUUGCGUUACCAAGGAUACUUUGGGGGUGUAACUGCUCUAACAAGAGAGCAAUUUUCCAAGGUGAAUGGAUUUUCUAACAACUACUGGGGCUGGGGAGCAGAGGAUGAUGACCUCCGCAUCAGGUAAUUGCACACCUAAGCAAAGUGGGUGGCAUAGACUGUGGGUGAUUGGAGCUCCUUGGAUAUGACUCAUACGUUGCUUAAAAUGAAUGCAGAAGGGGAAGAGAAGUGCUACGGGCGAAUUGGAGAUGAGAAGCUUGUGCAAUAUAAAUAGCCUAAAUAGGGAUAUGAAAUCUUGACAGGAGUACAGACACUAGUUUGAAUUGACUGCACUUAGAUGAGAUCAUUACAGGGAGUUACUGGUUGACUAGUGACCAGAAACUGCUUGCUGGAAGGGUUGUAGCUCAGUGAUAGAACAUCGGCUUUGCAUGCAGAAGGACCCAGGUUCAGUCUCCAGGUAGGGCUGGGAACAACUCCUGCCUGAAACCCUGGACAGCCCCUGCCAGUCAGUGUAAACAAUUCUGAGCUAGAUGAGCCAAUGGCAUAUGGCAGGUUCCUAUGCCCCUAUCUUUUAAAUUGACCCCCUUGUACCUAACUAUUAUUUAAGGCCUUUCCUAACGUGGGCAGCGGGAAAGAAUCCUGCUUUCUCUUUAUUACAUGUAUCUGCUUAAGUAUUAAAAUUGGUGAGGACCACCCACCAAAGAAAUAUUGGAAGGAGGACUGUAAAAUGGGCACAGCAUUCAAAAUGAGAUGGGGGGAGGGCUCGUAAUGCACUUUUGCUUCGAACACCAAAGCACCAUCUAAGAAACAUCUAGCUUGCUACCACAAUUGAUUUCCUGGUGGCAAAACACACCUGCAACAAACUGCAUUAUUGCCCUUGAAAAGCAGGUGCAUCACAGCAACUAAGGACAAAGUGUGACUUGAGGGGAACCCCCCCUCCCCCCCAGAAAACAAACCACCAUUAGCUCCAACCAUAAGUUUGUUUUCUUGUGCUCACUAUAAGCGGCAAACUGUGCAGGUAUUUUAAGAGUACAGUGCUACCUUGGUAGUCAAAGCCUUUGUUGUUGAACAAAUCAGCUCCGGAACGCCGCAAACCCGGAAGUGAGUGUUCUGGUUUGAGAACAUUUUUCGGAAGCCAAAUGUCUGACAUGGCUUCUGCGGCUUCCGAUUGAGUGCAGGAAGCUCCUGCAGCCAAUUGGAAGCCUCGCCUUGGUUUUUGGACCGUUCUGGGAGUCGAAUGGACUCCCGGAACGGGUUAAGUUCGACAACCAAGGUACCACUGCAUUUCAAAUUUUUAACUUCCCGUGUAGAAAUUUGAGAAACUUCUGGACAUUGAUAGCUUUGCACUGAGAGAGGUACAAAUGUCUAGCAUAUCUGUUAUGCUAUGUUCCUGCUGCUGUUGCUAGAAAAAAACAAUUUCUAACACAUUGAAGCCACAGAAAUGUGCAGUGUGUGGAAUUAAAAAGAAAACAGUAAUCAUGGUGUAUCAUAAUCAAAUUUCUCAUAAGUCAGCAUUUCUGAACUGCUGGCUCUUCUUGCUGUUGUUGGGGAGUCUUGCUUGCCAGCUGCGUUGACAGUUUGAUUGGCUUUUGGUUACAGGAUCUGUUUAUUGCUGCCUCAGAGAACUUGUCCUUUCUGUUUACCUUCCUCUCUGAAUGUCAACAGAACUGCCAUUUACAAGAAAAUAAAUACUGCAAGCUGAAAUAAAGGAAAGAUAGAAGCAUUGUUCCUCUUGACUGAAUGCUAAAAAGGGACGGGCUGGGAUUGAGAGGCAGUCUUUUUCUGUAGAUUGGCAGCAAUUUCCAGUCCCAGCUGUGUUUAUCUCUUGCAGGAAAUACAGCAACGAGUCUUGUUGCACCUUAAAAACUAGCAAAUUUAUUAUGGCAUAAGUCUCUUUAAAAAAACAACCAGAGUCCACUUCAUCAGACACAAUUAAUUUAAUUAACAUGGUGGCACUUUAUUUCCUCGACCAUCUUCAUGGUGCAGCAUGUGCCUUAUUGCAUUAGUAAUGCUGCUGAAAUUUUGAAAAUAUGUGACUGAUAGCGUUAUUUUUUCCAGAAGUCAACUUUGGCUCCUUUUGAAAGUUUAUUUAUCAGCUGGGUCCUGUAGGAAGGCAUUUAGUUUCUUCUUUCUCAAAAACCAUAAGUAUCCUUGCAUCUUGUGAACCAACUGUUUAAAAAAGGAGUUAUUUUUCAACCAUAUCAACUGGUAAUUUGAUCCGGGGUCUCUCCAUAUCUCUGGCUUCUCUUUCUCCCUAUACCCUUCACUGAGGUCUGUUUAUUUGCCAGUGAAGGUUUUAUCAAUAAGUGCACGGAUGCUGCACAUGUCCAGUACUAUCAGUCAACAUCAGCUACUUAUUUUAUGGUUCCAAGAUGAAAUAGCCUAAAGGAGUGGCUCUUAAUUUUUUUAUGAUGAUCUGCAGACCAUCUUAUUCCAGAGUCUAGAUAAAUUGUUGCUGCCAGCGUACGGUCCCUGGUACAUAUACCCUUCCCCUGAGAUGAGUACAUCAAAGCCUGGAGGAGCUGAAAUCCAGUGCUGGCAGCAAUUUCUAGUCCCCCAGAGCUCUGGUGGACAUGGAGUAGGACCAACAUGCAGCAACAUCUGCAAUUGCGUGGUCUGAGUAGCAGCUGUGCAUUCUGGGUGGGGCUCACCAUGGGCAGAACUACAUAUUAUGCCAGCUCCUGGUGGCUUCUCCUCGCCCUCCUAAGGAAAAACAGAGUUGAGAGGAGAAGCCAAGGAACAUGGAAGUGGUGUGUGCAAUUGUGCUUCCUCCUCUCCACUCCCAAUCCCUGCUGCGCCUCCUGCAGGGUCCUACUUGAAUUUCGUAAAUGGAGAUAAAGUCUUGUCUAGAAUUCUGCAAAGGGAAAAAAAUCAGCUGGGGGAACAAAAAGUUGCUGGGGAAAUGUGGUGGGCAGGCUUCUGUGCUUCUAAUCUCCUCAUCAGAAAACUGUUUUUCCUUGGUUGGGGGAUCCCUGUGUAUUCUUGCAUGUAAUUUGCAGUUUGUGGCUAGAGCAGUGGUUCCCAGAUAGCUGAUUACAGAGGAUCCCCUAUUUUUUAAAAGCCAAAGCCGUGGACCCCCUACUUUUGAAAAAAAAAAUACCUCUAUGGUGGUUACCUGUGCAAAGCAAUUUUUUGAAGAAAAUGUAGGUUAGCCCCUAGUAAGCAAAGGAUUGUAGGUAUACUAAAAACAGACCCUAAAAUUUGUGAUAUUGCCACAAAUUGCCUAUCCCCAGACAGUAGGAAAAACUUGUCUCAGUUGCUCCACUACAACUGAAUAAAAUAAAAAAGCAAUUGUGUCCCUAACGUGCAAGUGUUCUAUUUGCAGAAGGCUUUUUUUAUAUGAGAGAGUAUUCAAACAUGCCAUUCCUUACUUGUAGUCAGAGAUGGUACACCUUAGCAAAACUUUGCAGCAUAUGGUUCUGCUAACUGAAGGAUCUUGCACCUUCAAGACAUAGGUGAAGGCUUGGUCAGGGCUUGAUACAGUAUUAGUGAAGACUAAAUAGAAAACAGCUGGAAUUUUGUAAUGUUGGUAAUAGUAGCAGUAGUACUGAUAAUAAUAAUUUAUUAUUAUUUAGUCCUCCUGUGCCCAAGUUUCAUCCCUGGCUUAAACAGAUUAAUUAGUUAAAUACAGUACUUAUUUUGAGUGAGGUUUUUAUUCUUGCUCUUUGCUUAAUAGGAACAACCAACUUCUUAAUUUAUUAGGAUUCUGCCGUACAUCUGUUUCCUCCCACCCACAAAUGUAGCCACAUAGCUUCCCACAGAAAACAUGGAAACAACAUCCACGCAGGCUGCCUUUUGCACUAAAUAGGCCUGGGUGAGAGGCAGACUGUGAUGGUGGCUUCACUUUAUUGCAAGCAAAACCACCACCUCCCUUGGCUCCCUCCAGCUGGUGCUGGUAGCAGAGGGACUCAGGAGCAGCAGUGGUUUCACCAGCGAUAUACAGCUGAGUGAAGGCACUAUCCCACUCUGCCCUCACACCAGCAGAGGGAGAAACAAGCUGCAUUGGAGAGGCGCAAUACAGCUUGUUCCUCCCUCUCCUUCUUAGCUGAGGGGUACAUGGUUGCUGCUCCCUUCAGCCAAGCGGUUAACGGAGCCUCCAGCCCACCGCUGGCUCGUUGAGUUGGGGGACGGGAGGCCUCUUCCACCCCCCCACCCCCCCGCUGAGCAGUUCAGCAAAGCCCCAAUGCUCCUUGACUCGCAUAUGAGCCUGAGAGGCAUCGGGACUCGCUCACUGUGUAGGACUGGGCCAUGUAUCUUGGCUGUUUCUUCCUUUCCAAAGGUGGGAAGAAGCAGCCGAGAUCAAUUCCAGUCAUGGUGAUAUGUCAACAUAUACUGGUAUUUAGCUGCUGAUAUAUCACGAUGUUGAAAAGGAAGUAUCACCCAGCCCUAGCACUAAACUAAAUCAUCAGAGGGUGAGCUGUUGUGCUAACCAUAGUGGCAAAUUGCUUAGCUCAGAGGUUUUCAACCUAUUUGAGUCCACGGCUCCCUUGACCAACUACAUUCUUUCUGUGACUCCCCUUUGGGAAAACAUUCUCUGAGCCUCAGAAGCCUAGUUAAGUCACCCUUUCCCCGAAGAGCCGGCAGUCCCUCACCCUUCCUUGUGAAAUGUUCCCUCUUCUCCCCUCUUCUUGGCAGGCAUUGCACACAGCAAGCACAAGAAAAUGCAGCGCCUACCUGCCUGCCCAGCCUCCCACUUGUCUGUCCAUUCCCAUUCCCAAGCAAGGGCUUGGUGGACUGGCUGGCUGGGCUCCCUCACCUGCUUGCUUGCUUGCUUACUCGCUUACUCCAAGUCUGCCUCAGCUCCUGGAAACCAGCACCCCCUGGCCAGCCCCAGAGGCACCAUUUACCUGGGGAGCUUAUAGCCAGGGCUGCUGCCACAAACAGCCUUUGGGCAGCAGAGAUGUGAGAGGGUAUCAGACGAGGGAGGGGAGGAAAGAGGGAUGGAGGCCAGUGCUCCCUGCGGCACACCUGACCAUCAUUUAAGGCACCCCAGGGUGCCACGGCACACUGGUUGAAAGCCACUGGCUUAGCUGUUUCCCUUGUUGGAAUUCCAGAUGAGACAAGAAUCCCAAAUAAGGCAAGAAAACCCUACCUACAGGCAGUGGGAUAGACCAUAAAACCUGAUAGUCGUUGAAUGCAAGUAGAAGUUUUUUUCAGUUAAAAAGAAGAGAGCAAGGGGAAGGGAUCGCUUACAUUUUUAAAAAUGAUAAGCAUGUGAAUCUACCCCGUGGAGCAAGCCAUUUGCACUCUCUCUUCCCCUGGAAGAAACUGUAUCAGAGGUUUUUGUCCAAUCCCAGCUCACUUGUCAUCCAGAAACUUUUUCACAAGUUUUCCCCCUGCCAGCAAGCAGCUGCUGGUCGUGAGCAGAGGCUGGAUGAUCCGUGGAAGACUUUUACUGUGCAAUUAACAAGAUAAGUGAGUCCAUGGCAAGGGAUCCCCUGGGUGUGUAUCCCCUGGACCCCCAGGGAUCCCCGGACCCCUAAUUGGGAACCACUGGGCUAGAGAACGUCCGUACUCAAAAAGACUGUCCUUGGUGCUGCUGUCAUCCAUGAAUCCAAUAGAGGGCAGCAGUUCCCUCUGUUACACUCUUACAAAAUGAAGUCGGGUUAUAAAGCAGAGUGGGAAAGGGUUUGGGUUUUUUUGUUUGGGGUUUUUUUUUUUAGAACUUGUUUUUGCUCAGUGCUGUACUGACGUGCUGUUUUUUGAGUCUGUUAGUUAUUAGUGAUUAGUUAGGCCUUGUCCUUCAGCAAACUGCUUCUAAUUGUAAAAAGCCUUCCAUGGAUUUUGUCCCUUCAACAUGACUGCCUAGAAUCCCUAAGCAAAUGAAGUCUUGAGCUGUAAUACCAUCAUUAUUGGUUUUCUUUCACUGGUUGUUUUACAGCUCUGGGUAUCUCUGUUUUUAUAGGAAGUUAGGAAGCUAUGUUAUACCGAAUUAAGCCACUGGUCUGUGUAGCUCAGUAUUGUCUACACCAGGGGUCAGGAGCCCACCUCCCACAAAGACAUUUUAAAGGCCAUAGAAUGUUAAUCAGCCAGAGGCCUGGAUAUAGAAAAACCCUUUCACCUGGCAGCUAAAGAUACAGUAUGUAAUUAAUCUGCUAUACUCAACAGCUAAGGUCAGGUGCAAGCUGCAUUCCCCUUCCCCCAUGAUCUCUUUCAGUACAUGCCUUUGGGUGAAGUGGGGUUCUAACCGAAUAUGAUGGUUUUUUAAAUCAGCGGAUGGACAACCUGGCUCACCCACAAGGAAAUGGGAUUAGGAAGAAGUGAACUAGCACUUGCUAGCCUUGAUUCUCUUAUUUGCACAGCCAGAUUGGAAGCGCUAAAUGAAUUUAAAAGGCCCCAAAGUUUGCCCCACCCCAUUGAGAGAUAUCUGAAAACUUGAGGCGGUGCCCCACAUUUUUAAUAGCAGAGGUAACAGUUAAGGGUCUUCCAUUACCGCUUGUACAAAAAUGCGCAGUGUGGCUGUCAGUUCAGUUGAAGUUGAAGCGCAUUGAUGCACUAGAGGGGGUGUGAGUCAGAUGCCUAUUGUUUUAUAGUUUUUAGCUGGGGGAGGUUGGGAGGUUCUGAUCAUCAUUCUCAAGCCUCAUCCCCCCCCCCCCAUCUCCAUGACAUGCUUGCAAAUCAUUGCUAUAUUUGCAUUUAGAGUUGAAAUGCAGAAGAUGAAGGUUAUCCGGCCAUCUCCUCAUGUGGCCAAAUACACGAUGAUCUUCCACACGAGAGACAGAGGCAACGAAGCAAAUCGACAGAGGUGAGUCAAUGAGGUCAUAUUAUGGUAGCAAAACUAGGUGGAUGGGAAAUGGGGGAAAACGUGACUUAUGGUCUAAGCCAGGGUGGCCAUUAUGGUGCCCACCAGAAGUUUUGGACUAAAAUUUCCAACAGCUCCAGCCAGCAUUUCCAAUGGUCAGGGAUGAUGGGCAUUGUCUCCUGCAACAUCUGCAGGGCACAACGUUGACUACCCCUGGUCUAAACAUAGUGCGGGCACGGUACUUAUAUGAAUGGAUUGUGAAACACCAAGCCUGACAAUAUAUCAUAUAUAGAAGUUGUCCUUGCUCAGGUCUGUAUUGCCUCUUAAACUGCAGUUUGCAUCUUCGGCCACUGGAACUUAAGAUUCAUCUGCUUUCAAAGUUUUACAUAGCGUACCUGUCUCUAAAACAGAACCUUCAUGACAUUUUAAUUCAUGCCCUCUUUUCUGUUCUCUCUCCACCCCACCCCACCCCACCCCACCCUACCCAUUUUUAUUUUUAAUUGUUCAGAAUGAAACUCUUGCGUCAGGUAUCUCAAGUGUGGAAAACAGACGGGCUAAACUCCUGCUCUUACAAGCUGCUCUCCGUGGAACACAACCCUUUGUACACCAACAUCACAGUGGACUUUGGCACGCCGACCAAGAUUUCAUAA